CGUGUGUACUUACAUAUACCUACGCAACGUUGUUAGAAGUGUAAGCAAGUUAUUAAAGCUGUUGUAAUACUUGCAUAUAACUUAAGAUUUGCGAGAAAAACUAAUUUUAAAGUAUAGGUAACAACUGAUGUUGGAAGAAUAAAUGAACUGAAAAACGAAAAAUUUAUUUUCAUAUGUAACUCAAAGUUAUAUAAAAUAUUAUAAUAAAUAAAAUAUUGAUAAUUGAAAAUUGUCAAUUAUUUAAUAAAAUGGAAAGCAAAUGUGAAGAUGUUAAACCUUCUGAGACCAUUCAAUGGCCGUACAUGAGCAUAAGUUCAUUAGCUAGGUCAUUUUUGAGCAAGUUGGCAACUGUCGGUAUUAUUUGGGGAUGGGGAUACUUAAAUUUAAAUAUAGCUUGGUUAAUUGCACCAAUUGUUUUGGUAACAUGGAAAGCAGAGCGUAGGAAAGACAAUGAAUUGAGAGUAAUUAUGGCACAAUCCACUGUGAUGGCCAAAGAAAAAGGAUUGAUAAUGGAUCGAUUAGAUGAAUUACCUUCUUGGGUUUAUUUUCCUGAUUUUGAUAGAGUUGAAUGGCUAAAUAAAGUUUUAUACAAAGUCUGGCCAAGCAUUAAUCAAUUUGCUCGUGAACUUUGUAAGCAAACUAUAGAACCUGCUAUCAUUGAGAAAUUGGCAGAGUAUAAAGUAAAAGGAUUUCAGUUUGAAAGAUUAGUUUUGGGUCGCAUUCCUUUAAAAAUCUAUGGAAUUAAGGCAUAUGAUAAAAACACUUCAAGAAACGAAGUCAUUAUAGAUGCUGAUAUUAUAUAUGCAGGUGAUUGUGAUAUUACUUUUUCUGUUGGAAAUAUAAAGGGUGGUAUUAAAGAUUUUCAGAUUCGUGGAAUGAUGAGAAUAGUUUUGAAACCGUUAUUACCUGCUAUGCCGUUAGUUGGAGGUAUACAAGCAUUUUUUCUAAAUCCUCCUGCUAUUAAUUUCAAUUUAAUGGGAAUAGCAGAUGUCCUUGAUUUACCGGGAUUUAAUGAGAUUUUAAGAAAAACAAUAGUGGAACAAAUAGGAGCCUUCGUAGUAUUACCAAAUAAAAUUGUUAUACCGUUAAGUGAAUCAGUACCAGUUGAAUCGUUAAAAAUACCAGAGCCUGAGGGUGUUUUAAGAAUUCAUGUAGUAGAAGCAAAGCAUCUAAUGAAGAAAGAUAUCGGAGUAUUGGGUAAGGGUAAAUCUGAUCCAUACGCUAUUAUAAAUAUUGGAGCGCAAGAAUUCAGAACAAAAACUAUAGAUAAUACUGUAAAUCCAAAAUGGGAUUUUUGGUGCGAGUGUGCUGUGAUGUCAGCCAUUGCUCAACAAAUUACUGUGCUGCUGUGGGACUAUGAUGAUACUAAGGGUGACGAAAGUCUUGGAAGGGCUACGGUUGAGGUCAGCAGAGUAAAAAAGAAGGGAAAUAUUGAUACAUGGAUUUCAUUGGAACAAGCAAAACAUGGCAUGAUUCAUUUAAGAUUAACAUGGCUUCAGUUUUCAAAAAAUAUUACUGAUUUGAAAACUGCUUUAAUUGAAACACAGGAACUUCGAGUAACAUCAAUGAGUACAGCUCUUCUCAUUCUUUAUGUUGAUUCAGCUAAGAAUUUGCCAUGUGUUCGAGGAAAUAAGCAGCCUGAUGUCUAUCUUGAAGCAAGUGUCGGUGCAACCAUUAAAAGAACCGCUACCAUGUUACGUUCCUCUGAUCCAAUAUGGGAACAAGGUUUUACUUUUCUAAUUAGCAAUCCCGAAACUGGUAUCUUGCAUAUAAAGAUUACAGAUGAAAAGACUGGUCUUAUAAUAGGAGAAAUGAGUUACAAUAUCUCGUUACUUUUAAAACAAAAUAAUUUAGAAAUUCCACAACAGCCUUAUGAUCUGCAAAUGGCUGAAGCAGAUAGCAAGUUAAUACUUUCUAUGUCAUUAAAUAUUCUGAAGUAUGAGGAACCUGAACCUACAUCAGAGGAAGAUGACGAUGAUCAUGAUAUUAACCAGUUGAAUAAAAGAAUUGAACGCCAGGAAUCAAAUAUUAGUAAUAUGUCAUCUAAAAACUUUUCACCUACUCCAUUGAAAAAACAAUCGUCAAAAGAAUCAAUAAUUAGUGCAACGCAUAGUACUGGAUCAGAUGCAGCUGUUGUACCUGAAGACCGAGCUCCAUUAGAGGAAGAGUUCAUUGUCGCUAGUGUUGAUCAAUCUAUUACUGAAAGCCCAAAGCUAAUUCAUAGAAAUUUAAGUGUAACAUCAUCCGCUGGUGAAUCAAAAUUAGGUCGAAUACAGUUAUCCUUACGUUAUAGCGUUCAAAGGCAAAAGCUUAUAAUCGUUGUGCAUAAAAUAGCUAAUUUACCUCUGCCACAAAAUGAUAUACAUAAUAUACCGGAUCCUUAUGUAAAGUUAUAUCUACUUCCGGAUCGCCAUAAGGAAACUAAACGUAAAACAGCAGUAAUGAAGGAUAAUUGCAAUCCAGUAUUUGAUGAGCAAUUUGAAUACGUUGUUUCUCAAGCUGAUUUAAAUUCUCGUACAUUGGAAGUAUCUGUUUGUACCCAAAAGGGUUGGUUAUCCACUGGGAGCAAUGUAAUGGGUCAAUUACAUUUGAAUCUAAAUGAAAUCGAUAUGACAAAAUCAUCCACAAGUUGGUACGAUUUGCAGCCAGAGACUAGGGACUAGAAGAUAAAGGAAAGCAACUAAAAAUUUGAAUAGUUCUUUAUGUGCUUAAUGAUCUGUUGAAUUUUCACGAUACAGUUUCUCCAAACGUUCAUGAAAUAAUGUGAUCAUAUUUGAAUUUCAAAUGAUAAAGUAUUGAAAAGAGUACCAAAAUAUUUGGUAUUACAGGGAAUAUAAAAGAUUUGAAGAAAAGAUAAUGAUUACAUGUCUUUUUGCACUUGGACCGUCCACUGUUAAAAACAACAAAGCGCUUUUUAUAAUGUAAUUUGAUUUAUAUAUGAUCUGAAUUUUAUUUUGCAACCGUCAUUGAAUAUUGUACUGUUGCUAGUAUAUGUAAGUUCGUAAGCACAUACAUAUAAAUGUACAUAUAGUACCAAGCAUAAAUUAGUUUUCCUCGGAAAAAUGACGAGGUAGGGAAAGGAGGCUUCAUCACUCAUUAUCAGUGAAAUACUUGAAAGGCUCGAAAGUUACCAUGCGUUAUGUUCAGUUUACACCAGAUUAUUAUUGAGACUAAUUUCGAAAAAAUUCGUAUAAUUUUUAAUUAUAACAUAUGAAAUUUAAUAUAUGUAAAUAUAUUAAUUUUCAAGCUUUAAGCAAUUAAGUUUCAACGUUCACAAUUUUAAAAUGUCAAAAUUCAAAUUUCAACCUUCAAGAUUUUUUAAUUUAAAAAUUUGAACUUUGAAAUACCUAAAUUUAAAACUGCAUUUUCAAAAUAUAAAUUUAAAAAUUUCUAAAUUAUAAAACUCCAUUUUUUUAAUUUUGAAGUUGUGAACUUCAAAUUUGUUGAGUUUACAUACGAAUAGUGGGACUUUCUUUUCCUACGACAUCGUUUUCCUAAGAAAGGUAAUAUUAUGCUCGGUUCUGUAUUUAUAUCAAUAUUAAUAUAUAUUACAUUUAUAAUAUGCACAAUAUUAAAAUCCCUUUUGAUUAUAAUAUUUAAAGCUUAUAACAAUAGCUUUAAAUACAUUGAAGUUUGUGAACUAAAAUUUAUUUUAUUCUUUUUGUUACAUUUUUGUUAUGUAUAUUAAUACUUAUAACAUGCAUUGAUUUAUUUUAAAUGUUAAUUUAUCUACAAACUUGUACAGUACACUUGUACACCUGCAAAUUAUAAUUGCACUAUUAGUAAGUAAUGAAUCUCAUUAUACAAUGUUGUUCAAUUUAUGGAUAGCAUAAUAUGUUACUAACAAUUACGAAAUUAAUAUACACCCGUAUAUAAAUUAUUGUAUUGAAUAUUAAAUUUUUGGUAUAUGUUUUUGUACCUACUGGUUUAAAAUACUACCAAUAUAAUAUUGCUAAUUGUUGAUAAUAAUAAUUAUAUGCAUUUCAAACUGCAA